UUCUCCUCCGCCGCAGGCCGGCAUGUCGCAGCUGGCAUCGCGGGGCCGCCUGUGGCUGCAGAGCCCCGCCGGGGGCCCGCCCCCCAUAUUCCUGCCGUCCGAUGGCCAAGCCCUGGUCCUCGGGCGGGGACCCCUGACCCAGGUGACGGACCGGAAGUGCUCCCGAAACCAAGUGGAGCUGGUUGCAGACCCUGAGACCCGGACAGUGGCAGUGAAGCAGCUGGGUGUUAACCCAUCAACUGUUGGGGUCCAGGAGUUGAAGCCAGGGUUGUCGGGUUCCCUGAGCUUGGGGGACAUCCUGUAUCUGGUCAAUGGCCUAUACCCCCUGACUCUGCGUUGGGAAGAGAUUAGCACAUCAGAGUCCCAGCCCGAUACGCCAUGCACUCCUCCGGUGGAUACAGUGCACCCGGGGGACGCUGAGCCUCAGACACUGGGCACUCUUCCGGUGGAUCCAGUGGACCCGGAGGAUGCUGAGCCUCAGAAAAAGCGGGGACGGAAAUCAUCCCCUGGCUGGGAGAGCUUAAAGAAGUUACUGGUGUUCACGGCAUCUGGGGUAAAGCCACGGGGCAAGGUGGCUGCCUUUGACCUAGAUGGGACUCUCAUCACCACUCGUUCUGGAAAGGUCUUCCCAACUAGCCCUAGUGACUGGAGGAUUCUGUACCCAGGGAUUCCAAAGAAGCUCCAGGAGCUGGAUGCUGAGGGCUACAAGCUGGUAAUCUUCACCAACCAAAUGGGCAUUGGGCGAGGGAAGCUGCCAGCAGAGGUGUUCAAGGCCAAGGUGGAGGCUGUGUUGGAGAAGCUGGGGGUCCCAUUUCAGGUGCUGGUGGCAACACAUGCAGGCCUAAACCGAAAGCCAGUGAGCGGCAUGUGGGACCAUCUGCAGGGGCAGGCCAACGAGGGCGUGCCCAUUUCCAUUGGUGACAGUGUGUUCGUGGGAGAUGCAGCAGGGCGCCCAGCCAACUGGGCACCAGGAAAAAAGAAGAAAGACUUCUCCUGCGCAGACCGCCUGUUUGCCCUUAACAUCGGCCUGCCCUUUGCCACUCCGGAGGAGUUCUUUUUGAAGUGGCCAGCAGCGGGCUUUGAGCUUCCAGCUUUUGACCCGAGGACCGUCUCCAGCGCGGGGCCCCUCUACGUCCCAGAGUCCAGCUUCCUCCUCAGCCCCAACCCGGAGGUGGUGGUCACAGUAGGAUUCCCUGGGGCCGGCAAGUCCACCUUCGUGCAGGAGCACCUGGUGUCAGCUGGCUAUGUCCAUGUAAACAGGGACACACUGGGGUCGUGGCAGCGCUGUGUGAGUUCAUGCCAGGCGGCACUGAGGCAGGGGAAGCGAGUUGUGAUUGACAAUACGAAUCCAGAUGUCCCCAGUCGGGCCAGGUACAUCCAGUGUGCCAGAGAGGCAGGUGUGCCCUGCCGGUGCUUCAGCUUCCGUGCUACGCUAGAGCAGGCUCGCCACAACAACAGGUUUCGAGAGAUGACGGACCCCUCGCACGCACCAGUGUCAGACAUGGUCAUGUUCAGCUACAGGAAGCAGUUUGAGCCACCCAUGCUGACCGAGGGAUUCCAGGAGAUCCUUCAGAUCCCGUUCCGACUGCGGACGCACGCAGACCCCGCACGACAGCGGCUGUACUGCCAGUUCUUAGAGGGCUGAGCCGGAAUAAACACUGCUGCUACUCUG